UAAACACAUCUAUAUACAGGAUAUUCAAGCGUUCAGCAUGCGCGUGUGUGUCUCUCUCCUCUUCCUCUCCCUACUCCCCCUCGUCUCCCUCGCUGUCCCUGACAUCUGCAGCUCUAAACCCAAAGACUUGCCUCUGGAGCCUCGGUGCGUGUACAGGACCCCGGACCAGGACGAUGAGCCCACAGCAACAAACACAGCUCCCCCCACCUCAGACCCCGUUCCAGCGAACACUAACCCCAGAGUGUGGGAGCUGUCCCAGGCUAACAGUGCCUUCGCUAUGUCAUUGUACAAACAGCUGGGCUCCGGACGUUCCCCCACAGACAACAUCUUCAUGUCGCCCAUUAGCGUCUCCACCGCCUUCGCCAUGACUAAGCUGGGCGCGUGCAACCAGACCCUGGAGCAGAUCAUGAAGGUUUUUCAGUUCGACACUAUUAAAGAGAAGACAUCUGACCAGGUGCACUACUUCUUCGCCAAACUGAACUGCCGGCUGUUUAGAAAGAAGGACCAGACCACGGAGCUGGUGUCUGCAAACAGGCUGUUUGGAGAGCAGAGCCUGGCCUUCAACGAGACCUACCAGAACAUCAGCCAGACGGUCUAUGGGGCCAGGCUCAUGCCACUCAACUUCAAGGAGAACCCAGAAGGCUCACGGGUGACCAUAAACGAGUGGAUCGCUAAUAAAACAGAGAACCGCAUUAGGCACACUCUGCCUCCUGGAGUUCUGGACUCCACUACAGUCCUGGUCCUGGUCAACACCAUCUACUUCAAGGGCCAAUGGAAGCACAAAUUCAGCAAAGAUAACGUGUUUGAGGUGGACUUCCACGUGUCCCCCUCUCAGACCUGCUCUGUUCAGAUGAUGUACCAGGAGACCAGGUUCAAAUACAGGGACCUACCUGAGGAGAAGCUGCAGAUACUCGAGAUGCCCUAUAUGGGCGAUGACAUCACCAUGGUGCUCAUCCUGCCACACCAGGAUAUGCCUCUGUCCCAGAUCGAGGAGGGUUUGGACCAGAAAAAGCUGAACUCGUGGAUGGAUUCGAUGGUGGAGAAGACAGUGUCGGUGCACGUGCCUAAGUUCAAAGUGGAGGACCAAUUCAGUCUGAAGGACAAGCUGGAGGCCAUGGGACUCAGCGACCUGUUCAGCGCCGAGCGGGCCAGUCUGCCAGGGAUGCUGGAGGAUGGCAGUGACACUCUGUUCAUCUCAGAGGCCUAUCACAAAGCUUUCCUGGAGGUCAAUGAGGAGGGCAGUGAGGCCGCAGCGGCCACCGCGGUGGUGGCCGUUGGCCGCUCUCUCAAACACGACAGAGAGGUGUUCAUGGCAAACCGGCCCUUCCUGGUCCUUAUCCGGGAGUCCACCAUCAACUCCCUGCUCUUCAUCGGCAGAGUGUCCUAUCCCUGCAACAAAUGAUCACAGCACACACCUCAGACUACAGCUAGGGCCAGUGUGGAAUUUAUAUGAGAAAUAUUCAAAAGUACUACAAAUGUUUUAACUGAUCAUUUCUUUUAGUAUCAAAGUCCAUUCUCCCACUAUAUUUAUCCAACCAAAACAUCUGUAUAUGACCUGCCCCAUGUCCAUCUAACACUACAGGGACACAGGGAGAUGGGAGGGCAUUUAAUAUACAGGAAUAUAAUAGAAGAAUAGAAGAGCAUCAGACACACAGGGAUACAGGAGGAUGAGAGUGCACCUUACACACGAUAUAAGAGGAUGAGAGGGCAUCUGACACAGAGAUAUCAUAAAAUGACAUCCAUGUUUUGAGUUGAGAGCUCUGUUUUGAUGUUUAGAGGGAACUGAAGUUGCUUGCUGUGAUAAUGGUAACAAUGUUAACUGUAAUAACGCUGUAAGAAAACCAUUAUUAAGAAUGUCAUGUGUCAAAAGGAAUGCUAAAUUAUAAAGUUAAAGGUGUAACUGCAAUAUAAAAAUGAAUAAAACAGAUGUUCUAUUUGUCUCAUA